CCCUGAAGAGAAUGUUCCUGCUCCUGAUCUUCCUGGUGGCUGUCCUACCAGUCAACACUGAAGGAGGAAAAAUCAUUUGGGGUACAGAGUCCAAACCACACUCUCGGCCCUACAUGGCAUACAUAAAUUUUUAUAAUAGCAAAUUAGAUCGCAGGAAGUGUGGUGGUUUCCUGGUGGGAGAAGACAUUGUAAUGACAGCAGCUCACUGUUUCGGAAGUCAUAUAAAUGUAACCUUAGGUGCUCACAAUAUCAAGGAAUGGAAAAACAAACAGGUCAUUCGAGUUUAUAAAGCCAAACCUCAUGAGGACUUCAAUAGUAAAACACUGGUUAAUGACAUCAUGCUCCUGAAGCUGGAACACAAAGCUCAACUCAAUAGUGCUGUGAAAACUAUUGCCCUUCCAAAGAGCCAUGAUUGGGUGAAGCCUGGGCAGGUGUGCACAGUGGCAGGAUGGGGAACCUUGCCCAAUUGUACUUCACCUAAAACACUUCAAGAAGUGAAUCUAGUCGUUCAAACUGGCCAGACGUGCUAUGCCAGGUCCAAAAACUACAACACCACCAUCCAGCUCUGUGUGGGAGAUCCCAAUCAAAGGAAGGCUACUUCUAAUGGAGACUCUGGGGGACCCUUAGUCUGUAAUGGAGUAGCCCAGGGCAUUGUCAGUUAUCACAUCUGUCCUUGGACACCUCCUCGGGUGUUCACCAGAAUCUCCAGUUUUAUACCAUGGAUUCAGAAAACAAUGAAACUCUUGCAACAACCCUAGAAUACAAAAUCUUUGUCUGGGCUAGUGUGCAGUAUCCUGGGUUAUGGCUAUCUGAGUCUUAAUAAAUAAAUCUGUCUGAAGUAAA